ACACAGCGUUGACUGUGCUUCUUCUUUCACUGUCACCAGCGUGUGGUGAAGCCGUUUUUUAUUCAAAUUCCCUUGUGGCAAAAGUAAAAAACCUGUUUUGUGCAGCCGUUUGGAGGAAGAUUCUUCAAUUCGGUUAAGCGAAGAGCGUUACCAGUUUGUCAACAAUUCUCCCAAGGGCCCACGCUAUUUCUUCUUCCGGAGUUGUUAUGCCUAACUGGAAGUAUAUGCACAAACAACUCACUUCGACGCAAACAAAGCUAUUAAAAUCAGUCAAUCUAAUGAAUUACUACGUUGCAAAUGGACAUUUUAAAUCAAUUAGAUCGAUUAAGAUCACUUAGACCGUUUGAUUCUUCUACCUAUCCCUAACUACUAUUGUUGUUUAUAAUUAGCAUAAUAUCGUAAAUUCCCUCCUCAAGUUCUUCGCUGUUCUUUCAUAAUUUUCACGAUAUUAUCACAGUUGUGGAUUUCUUUUUGUAAUUCUUAACAUACUUCUUCAUCUCGGGGCCGUCCGGUGAUCUAGUAGAUGCAUCGAGAAGGUUGGAAUCGCUGUUACAAGGCCGGGCGGGUUCAAUCCCCAUCCGGAUCGUGUGUCACCCACAAGCAACAACUUUACUGUUUUGGUUGGAUGGUUUUUCAUCUUUAUGAUAAGCAUAUUUAUAAGCUGUUAUUAUCGAUUAGCUAAGUAGAAAUUCUUGAGUCAGUUCUUGAGAAUGUGAACUUCGCACCGAGAUGUAUCAGGAAACCACUCAUAUUUUCUAAUCAAAGCAUGCAGAGGUAUAUUCCCAUGCUUGUAUUUCAAGCUUCCUACCAGCAAAGUAGGCUUCUAUUCACCUAUCAGCAGUAACGCAAACGGUUUUAAAAAAUGAUGCCGUAUAUUUUGAGUAUUUUGCACAACUCUGGGACCCCUCAGGAUGUCAUUAGCAUAUGUGAAAAGCUGCCACAGUUCAGUACCAGCUCAGAGAUACCGGAGGGCGAUCUCAAGUCCCCCACCGAAGAAGCACUCGAAGAGGCCUUAAGAAUGGGCCUUAUCCGGCGGAAUGCAAGAAACAAAACAUACACACUAGCGAACAAGUGGUUCUUGCCAGAAACGCAAUCAUUCCAACUGGAACUGCAAGAAAUUGUCCGAAACAUGCCGCAAACACUUGCCGCAGCUCUCGAUCCCGCUAACCAGGAUGUGCCUACCUCAUCGAACCACCCAAUGGACUGUAUGGGACCGGGCAUGACGCAACGGCGCAGUCCCGCUCAAAUACGUGCCAUCGCUAUCUACCGCAGAAUGCGUGAACAGCGCGAACGGGAAGAACGCGAAGCUGCGGCACGUUCCAGAAAACGGCGCAACUCUCGAUCUCGGUCACGGUCAAGAUCAGGGGCGCGCCGUACACGCCGUGCGUCUACUAGUACGAGCAGAGCGCGUCCCCCAUCAAAGCGACGAUCCUCGUCACGUUCACGAUCACGCUCGACGGCAAGAAAUCGCAGCACGAGUCGAUCUCGACGACGUUAAUGUGACGUUCGAAAAGUAACUCACAAUUUAGAAAAAUAAUCCUGGUUUGGUUAUUUAGGAUGUACUUGGAAUAUUUCUGGAAAUCAAAUCUUUGUAAAUAAAUCACUCAGUACUACUUCACUCA